AUGCAGUACCGAAAAAAGGUAUUGGAGUAUGCGCAUCAGCACGAAAAAGCCGCCGAUAUACUGAAGAUUAAACGUUAUCACGUGCCGGACGCGAAGACAAAAUCCAUCCCGACGGAAUACGUGGAAGAGGAUGGUGAGGAGGCGACCAAAGGGGACGGCAGGCGGUGGGAGGACGAUCGUUUAAUGGCUGCAAUAGCCAAAUAUGGAGCCAGAGAUGCUGCUGAAAAG